AUGCUUUCCCGCUCGUUAUUGAAACCGUUAGAUAGCGGGCUUCUUAGAAUCCUGGGUCUCGCCAGCCGGGGCUCCAGAGCCUACUCGGCCGGUCCUCAGGGCCAAGAUGGGAAUACGACGCACUUUGGCUUCAAGACAGUGAACAAGGAUGAUAAGGAGCUGAUGGUGAGAAACGUGUUUUCGUCUGUUGCUUCGAAGUACGAUGUGAUGAACGACGCUAUGUCGUUUGGCGUGCACAGAUUGUGGAAGCACCACUUUAUCAACAGAUUGGAUGCUGGCAUGAGACCUGGUGCUACUAGGCCGUUGGACUUUUUGGAUGUUGCUGGUGGUACUGGCGAUAUUGCUUUUGGUUUGUUGGACCAUGCUGAAAAGAACUUUAACGAUGUUCAGUCUACGAUGACUGUGGCUGAUAUCAACACAGAGAUGUUGGCCGAGGGAGAGUUGCGUUUCCAGAAGACCAAGUGGAACGAUGGCUCGGGCAGAGUGCUGUUCCUCGAGCAGAACGGUGAAACCAUGGACGCUAUUCCUGAUAACUCGAAGGACGUGUACACUAUUGCCUUUGGUAUCAGAAACUUCACCAACAUCCAGGCUGGUUUGGACACUGCCUACCGUGUGUUGAGACCUGGUGGAAUCUUCGCUUGUCUUGAGUUUUCCCACGUCGACAACCCAGUUAUUGACUACGCCUACCAGGCUUACUCCUUCAGCAUGUUGCCAUUGAUGGGCCAGUUGAUCGCUGACGACAGAGACUCGUACCAGUACUUGGUGGAGAGUAUCCGUCGUUUCCCUAAACAGGAGGAUUUCAGCGCUAUGAUCGAAAAGGCCGGUUUCUACGUCCCAGACAAGGGCUACGAGAACUUGACUUUUGGUGUGGCCAGCAUUCAUAUCGGUGUCAAGCUCUAG